UUUCAAAUCAAUAUUGAAACACCCCUAGCUCGAUCGUCGCCAACAAGUGCAACUCUCGGUGCUCCAGGAGGAAAACUCUGAGCAACUUUGGGUAACCUCUUCAGUUGAAAUUCAGCAUUCAGGAAUACCUCAUACUAAUUAUGUAAUCACUUGCUUCGCGAGGUACAGAUUAUCCGAAGUCGAUUAUCGGCGGCCUCUGAGAAUUGGCAAGUCACUCAAGUACUCAUCACUUGAACAUCCUUGUUUCACUAUCAUCAUAUCGAACAUGUUACCUGCGUAUCGACGUGUAACAGGUCCGCGCGCUCGACAAACUCUCGCUCUAGCUAGGUAUGCCAGCACGAGCACCAAGGAAAAGUUUCGAGUACUUGUUGUCGGAGGAGGUUCUGGUGGGCUGACUAUUGCCAAUCAGAUAUACAACCGUUUCAAGGCUGCCGGAAAGCCUUUGAAUGCAGGGGAUGUGGUGGUUCUUGACGCAGCAGACUAUCACUACUAUCAACCUGGCUGGACUUUGGUCGGUGCUGGUCUUGGCUCCAAGACAGAUUUCAGACGACCGCUCUCGUCCCUAUUACCGCCACAUAUCAUGCACAUAGCAGAGAAUGUCAAGUCGUUCUAUCCGGAAUCAUCAUCAGUCACGACAACGUCAGGUCGGACAAUUGCAUAUGAUUCGCUUGUAGUGGCAGCAGGCUUGAAGACAAACUGGGACAACAUCGCUGGCUUACCACAGGCUCUCGCUGAUCCUUCCUCCGGAGUCUCGUCGAUAUACUCCUAUGAUACCUGCGACAAGGUUUGGCACGACGUAGAUGCUCUCAGGUCCGGAAAUGCUAUUUUUACCCAACCUGCCGGUGUCAUUAAAUGCGGAGGAGCUCCGCAAAAAAUCAUGUGGAUGGCCUGGGAUAGAUACCAAAAAUCUGGGCGAGGAAAUAAUAUCAAGAUCGACUUCAUGACUGGCACGCCAUCCAUGUUCAGCGUCAAGAAGUAUUCGGAUGCCCUGAACGCCCUGCGCAUUGAGCGGGGCGUUGGAGCAGAGUUCCAACACAACUUAAUUUCCAUCGAUGCGGCAAACAGGAAAGCGACGUUCAAGAAGGAGGACGGUUCAACCGUGGAUCGUGAUUUCACCCUCCUGCAUGUCUCGCCGCCCAUGGGACCGCUAGACUUCAUUAAAGGCUCGCCCAUCGCUGAUCCAGCGGGCUGGGUAGAAGUCGAUCAGGCAACGCUCAGACAUGUCAAGCCCGAGUUUGGAAACAUAUUUUCCUUGGGUGACUGCUCCUCCCUACCCACUAGCAAAACGGCUGCUGCCAUUACGUCGCAGGCUCCUGUCUUGACGGAAAACCUAUUUUCGAUCAUGGACACUGGCAAAGUGAGCAGUGCCAAGUAUGAUGGCUAUACCAGCUGCCCGCUUUUGACGGGGUAUGGGGAAUUGAUGCUGGCAGAGUUCAAGUAUGGGCUUGUGCCCAAAGAGAGUUUUGCUAAUUAUCUGGGUGAUCAGACAAAGCGGAGAAGAUUCUUCUAUCACUUGAAAAAGGACCUUUUUCCUUGGGCCUACUGGAGCCGUAUGGUUAACGGAAAAUGGUUCGGCCCUUCGGGACCAUUCCGUCCUAAGUUUGCAUGAUGUUGACAUUAAGGACAUAUUGGAAAUGAUUAUAAACCCCACUCAAUUCUUAUUUCAUUCUGCGAUUUACAAGCUGUCACUCAAACACAGUCCGAGAAUUAAAAUGUGUGGUCAAUUA